UGAAAGAGAAAAAAAAAAGAGGAGGUCCCUUUCUCUAUCCAUCGGCCUUCGUCAGUUCACAGCUCCGCAUCCCCCGUCGUCGCGCCGUCGGGUCCAAACCCUAGCUCUCCCCACGCCCCCCAAAUCCUGGCCUCCCGGAGCUCCGAUUCCCUGCCCCGCCGCGCGAUUCCGUCCCUACCCUGGCGCCCUGCGCCCCCGAUUGACCCCGCAUCCUGCUAGAUCCGCCCAAAUGGAGCCCAAGGAGGCGCCCCCGCCGCCGCCCCAGCCCCAGCCCUCCACGGAGGAGGAAGGGAUGCUCUCCGUCACGGCCGCCAUGGCGAGAGACGCCGCCGUGCUGUUCCAGAGCCGCCGCUACGCCGACUGCGCCGAGGUGCUCGCGCAGCUCCUGCUCAAGAAGGAGGGCGACCCCAAGGUCCUUCACAAUAUGGCCAUUGCAGAAUCUUUCUUGGAUGGUUGUCCGGACCCAAAGAAGGUGCUUGAAAUCCUAGGCAAUGUUAAGAGAAGAAGUGAAGAGCUUGCUUGUGCAUCUAGACAAAAAGCUGAUUCUGCCAAUGGGACCGGAAACAGUGCUUCUUCUGGAUCAAGAGGCAGUGGCAUUAUACCUCUGAUUUCUGCUGCAAAUAGUGCGACAACCUAUGGGGAUGAGUUUGACACAACCAUAAUAACAUUUAACACUGCUGUUAUUCUUUACCACCUUCAUGAUUAUGAAUCUGCGCUUUCUAUUUUGGAUCCAUUGUACCGUAAUAUUGAACCAAUUGAUGAGACAACUGCUCUUCAUGUAUGCUUUCUGUUAUUGGAUAUUACCUUAGCUUUGCAAGAUGCAUCAAAAGCUGCGGAUAUAAUUCAGUACCUGGAGAGAUCAUUUGGAGUAGUCAACGUGACAAACCAGAAUGAAAAUGCUACUACAGCUCAGCAGCAGUCAGGUCAACCAAAGCCUUCUGGAAAGAUUAGCACACCUCCAGAUUCUGAUUCAAAUACUUGUGCUGGUGGAUCUGAGAACCUUUCGGCAGGAAAUUUUUCUGAUGAUACACUUGAGUUUGAAUCUUUUUACUCUACCUUGGAUGGUGGUAAUCAGAACUUGGGCAGACCAAUUUUAAAUGAUUUCUCAAGGGCUUCAGCUGAUCUUGCUGCCACUGCUGCUGAUUUGAAAGUUAGACUGCAAAUAUACAAGGUCCGGCUUCUGCUUCUCACAAGGAACCUUAAGGUUGCGAAGCGAGAACUGAAAGUUCUGAUGAACAUGGCACGUGGUAGGGAUUCAUCAACGGAGCUUCUCCUGAAAUCUCAGUUGGAAUAUGCCAGAGGAAACUAUCGCAAGGCUGUGAAGCUGCUGAGCACACCCAAUAAUCGGAGUGAACCAGCAAUGCUGGCCAUGUUCUACAACAAUCUUGGUUGCAUACUCCACCAACAGAGAUCGAACCAUACCUCAGUAUGGUGCUUCAGCAAAGCAUUGAAAUACAGCUUAUCUCUUCGUUCAGAGAAACCAUGCAAGCUGACCGCAAUAUCACAAGACAAAUCUUGUCUUAUUUCAUACAACUGCGGCGUCCAACAUUUGAUGUGUGGGAAACCUUUCUUAGCAGCUCGCUGUUUUCGUGAAGCCAUGCCGCUCUUGUGCAACAGGUCCCUUUUUUGGCUCCGUUUUGCUGAGUGUAGCCUGCUAGCUCUGGAAAAGGGUAUCCUCACUGCAAAUGGCGCCACUUCAUGCAAUGAUGAGAUUGAAGUUGAUGUUGUGGGGUCAGGGAAAUGGCGGCACUUAGUUAUCAACCCAGUAAAGCCAAGUCAUUUUUCAGAUUCUGGGGAAGAGGUAACUUUGGACAAAAAUGGAAAUUUGAUAUCCCUUAGAUUUGCUAGACAGUGUCUACUCAAUGCCCAAGUUUUAUUGGAUCCCUCCGAGAAAGAAAAUCUGGUCAUUGCAUCAGGCACAGAGGAAUCCAACCAAACAUCACUGCAAGGCCCGAAAGGCUCAGGUCAGAAGAAUAUUCAUACAGAUUCCAAACCACCUGGUCCAGUAUUAACUAAUGCAAAUGGAGAACAGAAGGGAAUGACAAACUUGAAUGUCACCUUGCAGAGCUCUCUUGCUUUGUAUGAUGACAUAUGUAGAAAAGAGAACCUCAAAAUCAGACAAGCCAUCCUGGGGGACCUUGCAUUUAUUGAACUGUGUCUUCAGAAUUACUUGAAAGCUUUAUCUAUUGCUAAGUCACUACAGCAGCUGCCUGAAUGUUCCAGGAUAUAUGUUUUCCUCAGCCAUGUAUAUGCAGCUGAAGCUCUAUGUGCACUGAAUAGACCAAAGGAGGCUGCCGAGCAAUUAACUGUAUAUUUGAGAGACGGUGAUGAUAUUGAGUUGCCUUACAGUGUUGAGAAUUGUGAGAAGGCCCUUGUUGAGAAAGACAGCGAUGGUGAAGAUUCGGUUGCUCCAGUAGUCACAAAGUUGUCCUCAGGAGAAUCUCAAUAUCCAGAAAGCCUCAAGCCUGAGGAAGCACAGGGUGUUCUUUAUAUUGACUUGGGCAUGACAGCUGCCGUGCAGGGAGAGUUUGAGCAGGCUAACUAUAUGGUAAGCCGUGGUGUUGCCUUGUUGCCCAACAACCCUAGGGCAGUGCUAGCAUCAGUUUAUGUGGACCUUCUGCAAGGGAAGUCGCAAGAGGCUAUCGCCAAGUUGAGACGGUGUAGAAAUGUGAGAUUUAGGAGGCAUAGUGUAGCAGUCAGCAGCUAAGAUAGGACCGAUCCCCCCUUUUGAUGAUUUCUGUAGUUGAUAAUUGCCAUUUCAUCUUUUGGACCCUGACCCCAGCCCAGGUGGAUGAUCGAAGAUCGUAAUGUUCUUGUGUGUACCAUACAUAAGAAGAAGAAGAAGAAGAAGAAGAAGAAAAACUGUAGAUCUCCCUCCUUUCCCCACUUUAAAAGCUUUCCCUGAUUCAGGGGUGUAUUGUGUCGGAGUUAUAUCGUUUUAGUUUUGCCGCUCUUUGGACAGAAGAGGGAUGAAAUAGUUUACGAUA